AUGGCCGAGCACACCAGCCUCCCAUCUUGCCGGAACCGCAGUGUGCCGGAACCGCAGUGUGCCGGAACCGCAGUGUGCCGGAACCGCAGUGUGCCGGAACCGCAGUGUGCCGGAACCGCAGUGUGCCGGAACCGCAGUGUGCCGGAACCGCAGUGUGCCGGAACCGCAGUGUGCCGGCACCGCAGUGUGCCGGCACCGCAGUGUGCCGGCAUCGCAGUGUGCCGGCAUCGCAGUGUGCCGGCAUCGCAGUGUGCCGGCAUCGCAGUGUGCCGGCAUCGCAGUGUGCCGGCAUCGCAGUGUGCCGGCAUCGCAGUGUGCCGGCAUCGCAGUGUGCCGGCAUCGCAGUGUGCCGGCAUCGCAGUGUGCCGGCAUCGCAGUGUGCCGGCAUCGCAGUGUGCCGGCAUCGCAGUGUGCCGGCAUCGCAGUGUGCCGGCAUCGCAGUGUGCCGGCAUCGCAGUGUGCCGGCAUCGCAGUGUGCCGGCAUCGCAGUGUGCCGGCAUCGCAGUGUGCCGGCAUCGCAGUGUGCCGGCAUCGCAGUGUGCCGGCAUCGCAGUGUGCCGGCAUCGCAGUGUGCCGGCAUCGCAGUGUGCCGGCAUCGCAGUGUGCCGGCAUCGCAGUGUGCCGGCAUCGCAGUGUGCCGGCAUCGCAGUGUGCCGGCAUCGCAGUGUGCCGGCAUCGCAGUGUGCCGGCAUCGCAGUGUGCCGGCAUCGCAGUGUGCCGGCAUCGCAGUGUGCCGGCAUCGCAGUGUGCCGGCAUCGCAGUGUGCCGGCAUCGCAGUGUGCCGGCAUCGCAGUGUGCCGGCAUCGCAGUGUGCCGGCAUCGCAGUGUGCCGGCAUCGCAGUGUGCCGGCAUCGCAGUGUGCCGGCAUCGCAGUGUGCCGGCAUCGCAGUGUGCCGGCAUCGCAGUGUGCCGGCAUCGCAGUGUGCCGGCAUCGCAGUGUGCCGGCAUCGCAGUGUGCCGGCAUCGCAGUGUGCCGGCAUCGCAGUGUGCCGGCAUCGCAGUGUGCCGGCAUCGCAGUGUGCCGGCAUCGCAGUGUGCCGGCAUCGCAGUGUGCCGGCAUCGCAGUGUGCCGGCAUCGCAGUGUGCCGGCAUCGCAGUGUGCCGGCAUCGCAGUGUGCCGGCAUCGCAGUGUGCCGGCAUCGCAGUGUGCCGGCAUCGCAGUGUGCCGGCAUCGCAGUGUGCCGGCAUCGCAGUGUGCCGGCAUCGCAGUGUGUCGGUAUCGCAGUGUGCCGGCCUCGUAGUGUGCCACCAUAG